GCCGAUCUUUUGGAAUCACCCAACUCUAUAAGAAACUCAAAGAACCCUUCUCUUGCAUUUUAUAUCUCACUGCUGUACGUUUAAGCGUUCAACAUUCCAUUUUGGUCUUUCAAUACAAAAAAAAAACAGAAACAGUUUUUACCUUUUAAAGCCUCUAUAAAACUUAUUAAAGCAUCAUCUUUUGGGGGCAUUGAGAGGUUUCAUUUGCUGGGUGUUUACUGAAAUCGACGAAAUUUGCGCGUGCGUCGUGAAAUAAGGAAAAAAGAAACAACUUUUUUUAUUUUUUGGGUGAUUUUUUUGGUUGGAAUUGUGUCAAUCAUUCGUUUUAUCUACUCAUCAUCACCAUUGAUUACACCAGAAUGGCUACGGCUAUGUCUCACCAAUCAGUCGGCUUCUCUGUCUCUCGCCGGUCUUCUUCUUCUCCCUACGCAACAAUCUCUCAACCUUUAAGAGAUUCUUUGAGUGUUGCAACUAUAGGAUUCAAGAACCAUUCCUCACUGAGCUAUACCUCAAGAAGAAACAGAAACUUGUACAAGACUGAAGCAAUUGCGUCAGUUUCAUACCACAACACUGCCUUGUCUCUUUCCAAGAACAUCCCUGAAAACUCCCAGAAUAAAUCAAAUGAAGCAGCUCUGAUAUUGAUUAGGCAUGGAGAGUCUUUAUGGAACGAGAAGAAUCUCUUCACGGGCUGUGUUGACGUGCCAUUGACAGAGAAAGGUGUUGGAGAGGCAAUAGAAGCAGGGAAGAGGAUAAGCAACAUACCUAUCGAUGUCAUCUUCACUUCCUCUCUAAUCCGUGCUCAGAUGACUGCGAUGCUCGCCAUGAUCCAGCACCGUCGCAAGAAGGUUCCCAUCAUUCUACACAAUGAAAGCGAGCAGGCCAAAAAUUGGAGCCAAGUGUUCAGUGAAGAAACCAAAAACCAGUCCGUUCCUGUCAUACCUGCGUGGCAGCUCAAUGAGAGAAUGUAUGGAGAGUUGCAAGGUCUCGACAAGCAAGAAACAGCGGAAAGAUACGGGAAAGAGCAAGUUCACGAGUGGCGUAGGAGUUAUGAUAUUCCUCCUCCGAAAGGAGAGAGCUUGGAGAUGUGUGCUGAGAGAGCAGUGGCUUACUUUGAGGACAAUAUCGAACCGAAGCUUGCGGCAGGAAAGAAUGUGAUGAUAGCUGCUCACGGGAACUCGCUGCGGUCUAUUAUAAUGUAUCUUGAUAAGUUGACUUGCCAAGAGGUGAUAAGUCUAGAGCUAUCGACAGGUAUACCACUUCUAUACAUAUUCAAAGAAGGCAAAUUCAUGAAGCGAGGAAGCCCUGUUGGUCCUACAGAAGCUGGUGUCUAUGCUUAUACCAAGAGAUUGGCUCAAUACAGACAGAAGCUGGAAGAGAACAGUGAAGUGAUUUGUUCCUGAAGUUAACACCAAAUACUGGUUCUUGAUCUACAUAGCUCUCUCUCCCCUCAAGCUUAGGACCUUAGAGGCGUUUACAAAG